GACAAACGCAAAUAACAACCUCAAAAGCAAAUGUCAAAAACGCUUUCAGCUGAUAGUGAAUUGUCAAAAUAAAGGAAUUUAUUUUUAUUUUUGAUGAUACAGGUUUCGAGUGUCUUCUUUCCAAUUUUUGUACAUAAUAAGAAGUACGAGGUGUUUAUAGUUUUUAUAAAAUUAAAUUCAGCACUUCGUUAUUAAAGUUUAAUAAAUAAAAAUUAUAUUGAAAUGGAUACACCCGAUACAAUGCAGAUUGCAUUGCGUGUUGCUUUACAGACAAUGAAGGAGCGAUGUGUUGCCUUGCAAGAGCGUCUUACAAUUGUUGAAGAAGAAAAUCGUGAACUACGUGAGGAAAAUGCACAGCCAAAUAUAAAUCAUAAUUAUGACACAAGUGACGGCACUGCUGAAAAUUUGCAAUUACGCAUGCAAAUAGCAGAAUUACAACGACAAAAAACACAAUUGAGCGAACAUAUAAAUAUGGUAUCCACUGAAAACCGUAAAUUAUGGUCACGACUUUCACAAAUGGCUAAAGAUCAAGGCAAAGUAGUUGGUGCCAAAGAAAAUGAUAAUACAGUUGUUAAUGAUGAUGAACAUGAUGCAGUAAAUAGUCCACGUCGAAAUAGUGGUGCCAAUCAAAAUCUAAUACGUUCAAAGACUUUCACACAACAUUCACCAAAUCCACAACUACGUCAAAAAUUGAUCUCAAACGAAAUUUCAGAUGAUAUAAACGACUUGAGUAUGGAGGAAGUUGCUUUAAAUGCAUAUAGUGGCAAUAAUAGACUACCAAACAAAACAGAUUUGGGAUUUACUUAUUUUAAUGUAGAUGAAACUACAAUUGGUGCAGAUGCUACAACUCUUGAUGUAAAUCAAGAAGCAAAAAAAUGUAUUGCGGGUUUAGAUGAAAUGCGUGCUGAAGCUCUUAAACAACAACAGGGACUUUAUGCUGCAUUAACAGCAAUUGAGAGUAGAAUUGCUUUGCAACCUUGUUCGAAAUGCGCACAAAAAGCUAAAAAACCGGAAAUGGCUGAUAAAAGUCUUGAGACUGACGAAAGUCUUACUGAUGUCAAAUUUUUUAACAACAAUCAAACAGUUCUUGAAGUCAAUACAAAUUCACAAAGUCACAACAAUAUAGAUACAAAUGAUAAACCCAGUCAACCUACACAGCAUCUCAACAUUAUAGAAGAAAAAAUUAAAGCUGAUGAAGCAGAUAAAAUGUGUCCAAUGUGUGGUAAAAUCUAUUCUAGUGUUGUAACCUUUGACUCUUUUCGAGAACAUGUUGAAACACAUUUCAUUGAUGACUCACUUGAAAAUGACACCAGUUUUGACCGUUUCCAUAAUGAACUCAUUUCGCAUACCGUAGGUGACUUCUGACAAAGCAAAAAAAUUUAUUUCUCUUCCGAACUGUAAAAUGUAUAUUUUUUUGCCCUUAUUUUAUG